ACGCUCAAAUUUCGCAAUCAGUCCAACCACUACAAUGCCGACAUUUACAGUCUACAAGGGUAGAAAGGACGGCAAGGUCACGAAGAGCGAGACCUCAAAACCUGAUCUGAAAGGUGACGAGGUCUUCCUCAAAGUGACCGCCUCUGGCCUGUGUGGAACUGAUCUUCAUUAUCGCGAGCAAGAUAUGGCUCUUGGUCACGAGGGCGUUGGUGUUGUUGAGGAAGUCGGACCUCAUGUCACAUAUAUGAAGAAGGGCGAUCGUGUUGGCUGGGGUUACGAGCACGACUCAUGUGGUCACUGCGAACAUUGUUUGAAGGGCGCGGAGACAUACUGCCCUGAGCGGGCAAUGUACGCUUCGGCAGAUCUUGAUCAAGGCUCAUUUGCCUCCCAUGCCGUAUGGCGCGAAGCAUUCCUAUUCCCUAUUCCCGACAACCUUAGCGAUGAAGACGCUGCGCCGCUGAUGUGUGGUGGUUGCACUGUGUUCAACGCGCUUCACGCCUAUGAUACACAACCGACCGAGGCAGUCGGCGUCAUGGGGGUCGGAGGUCUCGGCCAUCUUGCCAUUCAAUUUGCUGCGAAAAUGGGAUGCCACGUCGUCGCCCUAUCAGGGUCUGACAGCAAGAAGGAAGAAGCAACAAAGCUCGGUGCCAACGAAUUCAUCGCCAUGAAGGACGUAAAGGAGGUGAAAGCCUCACGGCCUUUGAACCGUCUCCUCGUCACAACAUCGGCUCAGCCGGACUGGGAAAAGCUGAUCCCUGCCAUGGCCCCGGGGGCAACAAUUCACCCGCUUUCGGUUUCAGAAGGCAACUUCUCUAUCCCGUACAUGCCGCUCCUCCUAAAAGGUCUGCGCAUCCAAGGAUCUGUCGUCGCGCCUCGAUUCAUCCAACGCCGCAUGCUGGAGUUCGCAGCGUUCCAUGGUAUCAAGCCAGUGAUUGAGAAGUUCCCCAUGAAUGAGGAGAGCAUCAACAGGGCGAUGGACAAGCUGAAUGACGGCGACGUCCACUACCGCGGAGUUUUCAUCCCGGAGUAAUCGCGUUGAGCGGUCUGACUAGCCAUACCUACUGCAUAUAUUCUUUGAUGACUUUGAGGCAACGAAGCGGGCUGAGCAUGAGGGGCGAAGUAAUGUAAUGAUGAGCAUUGACUGUCGAUUGAUGAUUUCUUUGACGAUAAAAUCGGCAUAUAUUCGCUUCCAUUCUUGUCAUGCUGUAAUGGUGCAUCGCAUGAUAUUCCAGCCGUCUGAUGAAUUCCACGGCGAUCUAUCCAAUUCGAAUGUGUUGCUAGAAGGGUACUGGGUUGGCUGCGCUCAUUUAAGAAGAGACUCAGGAUACUCAAAUGUUUGGUGAGCAUGCGUCUUCAAUACAUCUCCGUCUUGAAACUCUUGCAUAGUAGUCGGAUUCUUCAUGACAACAGGCUUGGUCUCAAUCUCGAUAGUGAC